AUGUCCCGCGAAGAGAGCGCCACAGGCGGCCUACCAGACUUAGAGGACGGAAGCCACCUCAGCAGCGCCGAGGAGAGGUCUGGAGCAAUGGCGGGGAGGGAGCCAUACUUAGAUAGUGAAAUGGAGGCCUCAGAACCUCCGAGAUUGACCGGAGAUGGCGGUGGUGCCAGGGAUGGUGGUUUCCCCAACUAUGCCGGCAUAGAAAGUCAAGGAGCAGACACAGAAAGUUCAAGUGAGGACAUUAACAUUGAUGAUACGGACGACUUUGACCCUUUCUGUAUCAGUGGUGAAAGCCUGUUCCAUUAUCACUUGGAGGAGGAAGGGGAGGAGGAAGGGGAGGAGGAAGAGGAGGAGGAAGACAUAGAGGAUGAGGAAGAAUCGGAGAUAGAGGAUGAGGAAGAAUCGGAGAUAGAGGAGGAGGAAGAAGAGGAGGAAGAGGAAGAGGAGCCUCGGUUGUGUGUAAGGUGCAGUCAGGCCAACCAUGAGCAGAUUUCAGCAGAUGAGGAUCGGGCCCUGGAGGACUGGGUAUCCUCAGAGACAUCGGCCCUGCCCCGACCUCGCUGGCAAGUUCUUACUGCUCUUCGGCAGCGGCAGCUGGGCUCAAGUGCCCGCUUUGUAUAUGAGGCCUGUGGGGCCAGAGCUUUUGUGCAGCGUUUCUACCUGCAGUGUAUCCUUGAAGGUCAUGUCGGCUGUGUGAACACUGUGCACUUUAACCAGCGUGGCACCCGGCUGGCUACUAGCAGUGAUGACUUGAAGGUGAUAGUGUGGGACUGGAUGCGUGAGCGGCCAGUACUGGACUUUGAGAGUGGCCACAAAAAUAAUGUCUUUCAGGCUAAGUUCCUUCCUAACUGUGGUGAUUCCAUCCUGGCCACAUGUGCCCGUGAUGGCCAGGUACGAGUAGCAGAUCUAUCUAUUAUGCCAUACAGCAAGAAUACUAGAUGUGUGGCCCAGCACAAGGCAGCCUCCCACAAGCUGGCUCUGGAGCCAGACUCCCCUUUUAAGUUCCUAAGUUCAGGUGAAGAUGCAGUUGUCUUCACCAUUGACCUCAGACAAGGCAGGCCAGCUUCAAAAGUGGUGGUAACCAAAGAGAGGGAGAAGAAAGUGGGACUGUACACAAUCUAUGUGAAUCCUGUCAAUACCUACCAAUUUGCAGUGGGUGGACAAGAUCAGUUUGUAAGGAUUUAUGACCAGAGGAAAAUUGAUGAGAAUGAGAACAAUGGCGUACUCAAGAAAUUUUGUCCUCAUCACCUGAUUAACUGUGAUUCCAAAACAACUAUCACUUGCCUCGUGUACAGCCACGAUGGCACAGAGCUCCUGGCCAGCUACAGUGAUGAUGAUAUUUACCUCUUCAAUUCCUCUCAUGAUGAUGGUGCUCAAUAUGUUAAGAGAUAUAAGGGGCACAGAAAUAAUGUCACAAUCAAAGGUGUCAAUUUCUAUGGCCCUAAGAGUGAGUUUGUAGUGAGCGGUAGUGAUUGUGGGCACAUCUUCCUCUGGGAGAAAUCAUCCUGCCAGAUCAUUCAGUUAAUGGAGGGGGAUAAUGAAGGCGCAGUAAACUGUCUUGAACCCCACCCUUGCCUACCUGUGUUGGCAACCAGUGGCCUAGACCAUGAUGCCAAGAUCUGGGCACCCACAGCUAAAGCUUCCACUGAGCUCACUGGGCUAAAGAAUGUGAUUAAGAAGAACAAGCAAGAACGAGAUGAAGAUAACUUGCAGCACCCUGACCUGGUUGACAGCCACAUGCUUCGGUUCCUUAUGCAUCACCUGACACAAAGAGGUCCUCAACAGCACUGGGGAGAUCCUGAAGUUGGGGUCGUAGGUGGAGGCUUGUAUGAGUCUUCCAGCUCCUCAGAUUCGUCCGAGGAGGAGGAGAACCAAGACUGA